AUGACUCUGAGGGCUAUAAAAUACGAUAACAAUAAUUUAGAGAUUCUGGAUCAACUUCUUUUGCCUGCACAGUCGAAGUAUAUUCAAGUAAAAGGCGUCGAGGAUGGCUGGAAAGUUAUAAAUAAAAUGCAGGUAAGGGGAGCCCCUGCCAUAGCUAUAGUUGGCUGUCUCAGCUUGGCUGUGGAUUUGCGCACUGAAAAAUACGAUUCCAAGAAGCAGAUGAGACAAGAAAUUGAGGGAAAAUUAAAUUAUUUGGUGUCAUCCAGACCCACGGCUGUGAAUAUGAAAAUAGCUGCUGAAGAAUUAAUCAACUUGGCCAAUCAGCUUAGCAAUGAUGAAAAAGUGGAUUUACAGACCAUGAAAUCAAAUUUUUUAAAAACGAUAGAAGACAUGCUAGCAAAAGAUAUAGCCGACAACACGGCCAUAGGGGAUUACGGGGCCAAAAACAUUUUAUUGAGAAUCUCUGGUGAUAGCCCUGUUAGGAUUUUAACCCACUGCAACACAGGGUCUCUAGCCACAGCAGGAUAUGGGACUGCACUCGGUGUGAUAAGGACGCUGCACAGUAUGAAGAGAUUAGAGCACGUUUAUUGCACUGAAACGAGGCCCUACAAUCAGGGUGCCAGACUGACAGCUUACGAACUGGUCCAUGAUAAAAUACCAGCAACUCUGAUCGUUGACAGUAUGGUAGCAGCUGUAAUGAAACAUAGGAAUAUCAACGCCGUUGUUGUUGGUGCUGACAGGGUAGCAGCGAACGGCGACACGGCCAACAAAAUAGGUACCUAUCAAAUAGCGGUGCUCGCCAAUUACCACGGAGUGCCUUUCUACAUCGCGGCCCCUUUCACUUCCAUAGACAUGUCCAUCCAAAGCGGCGAUCAUAUCGUGAUAGAGGAACGGCCUGACAGAGAGAUGACGCAUGUUGGUGAACAUAGAAUAGCUGCGAAAGGUAUAUCUUGUUGGAAUCCCGCUUUCGACGUAACUCCCGCUUCAUUGAUAGCGGGAAUAAUUACGGAAAAAGGCGUCUUCCGGCCGGAACAGCUAAAAGAACAAUUCGCUCUACUUAAUCAUUAA